UCUGAACCACUCUGUUUUAUCUUUUUAUGCUUAAUAUUUGACAAACCGUUUAUUAUGACGCAACUGCAGUGGAUACUACAGGAAUUACAGUGGAAGUCGCCUAUAAGGACAAAAUGUCUGUUGUUCAUCAUCGUAAAACGCUCACUAUUGGAGAAAAAUGUGCUAUCAUUCAUAGACUAGAAAAUGGUGAAACGAAUUUAAAACUUGCGAAAGAAUACGGCGUCGGUCAUUCGACGAUAUCUAUGAUUUAUAAAAACAAAGUUAAGAUUAGAGCAUCUUAUAAUGAAAAUGUUUUGAAACGAAAAAGAAUUCGUAAAUCAACUCAAAAUAAAGUAGAACAAGCUUUAUUAGAUUGGUAUAACGUGCAGAAAACUCAGGGAACAAGAAUCACUGGUCCUAUACUAAUACAAAAAGCGAAUGAAUUUGCUUCCUUGUUUCAAAUAAAUUUCACAUGUAAUCCAAGUUGGAUUACUCGAUUUAAAGUGAGACAUAAUAUUGAUUUUGGAAAAAUAUCGCAUGAAACCACUUUUAUUGAUCCAGAUAUUGUGGAAGUCAAAUUGGAGACACCAGACAAUUUAGAUGCCCACACAUCAGAUGAAAAUUUAAUUUCAUACGCGACUUUUAAGUCGGAUCCCUAUGAACAUUCAAAUACACCAUCAGAGCACAUGCAGAUUUCAGAAUUAAAUGCAGAUUCAAUGCCGAAGAGCAUGGAUUCGUCAGAUUCAAGCAUGCAAAAAAAGGAAAAUGAAGCUGACAUGGACUUAAAACGAAAAGAAAUCGAAAUAGCAAAUCGGAAAUUAAUUCUAGAAGAAAGAAGAUUAGCCCUUGACGAAGCAAGAUUAGAACUAGAACGGCAAGAAAGACUACAAAGACUUAAAUUUGAAGAACGUGAAAGAGAUGCAAUGUUUUCAUUACUAAAAGGCCAACAAGAAUUAAUGUCAUUAUUUUUAACAAAAUUUUCAUAAUUUAUAGAAAUAUUAAUUGUAAUUACCCGACUGUUUUUUAAGUUUAC